CCACACACAUGCUGCCACCCUAAGGUUAGCAAUAUUUACUGUGAUCAGUGAUUUUGUUGCCCGCUCCAAACACCCAUCAGUACCAUAUCAAUUAGCAUGCGGAACGGAGUCGUAUUCAAAAAUUCCAACGCCGCCUUCAUGGGGUGUUGCUUCGACGUCAACCUUGCCACCACUGCGGAUCCUGUUUGGAGGCUCUGGGACUUCCUCUUGAACGGAUGGUUUGGGCCAAUCUCUUGUCGAAUCAGCGACGAGAGGAUGGACUUGGCGAGCGAUGACGAGCGAGAGCUCUUGCUCCUCGAGAACCGGUUUAUCGAAGGUAGAACCUCGGCUUACGAGCCUUGCGAGCUCCGCGAGCGGCCCAUCUUUAGAGUGCUGUGCAAGAGCCCGACCUUGGACACGUCGGACGGAUGGGGCGAGGUCCGGACAAGACUUAUUCGGUGUCUUCCACAUAGCAAUCCAGUCUCGACACGGAUGUACGGAGCAGUUGCCAUCGGUUUGACAGUCGAGCUAUACGAGUGGGAUGGCUCCGAUUCCAACAACGCCCGCCCACGUAUUUUGCACCAGGGUGCUAUUAAUCUCGCGAAACCCAAGGACCGUCAUACACUUGAUAAACUAUUGGAUGAGAUUGAAGAAAAGAUGAAGGAGAAUCCCGAGUGGGGACAAUAUCCCUUUCGCCGGCCAGCUGCAAACUAAGGAAUGGUUUCAUGCAAUAUCUUAGCUUAGGCAUACCCGCUUCUAUGACAAGCUGAGAAUAUAACUCUCAGAACACGCACAGAACUUCUCAGUCCGUAAAGUGUUGCCAUUGUUGGCUUUCAAAGACUAGGGUCCGAAUGUAGAUGUCAAAAGUCAUUCUGCCACGCUGGAGAUUUGGAGGCCAAUGAAAGAGUCGAAUCUGAACAUGACAGCAAAGACAACUCAUGGAAGGGGGAGGUCAGAGGUAGUUAAUUAACGUUGACGGAAGCCUGCUCUCGCCCUCAGACUCAGUAGAGCUGCUAGAAAC